UUGCGCAAUAAGGAGUGCGUGAGAGUGUUGGGCGCUUACAGAGGCGAGAAAUAUCGGGGAUUUUUUUUCUUUCCUUUUGCAGCAGUUCCUCUUUGCUGUUUUCGUCCAGAAGCCUUGGGAAUUCGUUUCUCUAAACUUUUUUUUUAAUUAGUUGUCAUUUUCUGUGCGUGUCAUCUCUUCUCAUCGGGCAGCAAUGCAGCUCGCUGCCCUACCUAGUGUUAUUUUCCUCCUGUGCCUCUCUCUGGUGGCCUGCCGCUGUCCCGCCACAUGCCGCUGCCCCCCCGGCCCACGUCGCUGCCCCCCCGGCGUCAGCAGAAGGGUGGACGACUGCGGCUGCUGCCAGGUGUGCGCUCGGCAGCUCAACGAGGACUGUGACGAGCUCUCCCCUUGCGAUCCCCACAAGGGCCUGGAGUGCAAUUUUGGGGCCGAUCCCGAGGCCCAGCGAGGCAUCUGCUGGGCCAAGCAAGAAGGCCGGACCUGUGAAUACAAUGGCCGCAUCUACCAAAAUGGAGAGAAUUUCCAGCCCAGCUGCAAACAUCAGUGCACUUGCAUUGAUGGGGCUGUGGGCUGCCAGCCGCUCUGUCCGCUGGAACUGCCUCUAGCCUUGCUGGGCUGCCCUAGCCCCCGGCUCCUGAAGGUCCCUGGCCAGUGCUGCAAGAAGUUUGUGUGCAGCAAAGGAUCCAAGAAGUACAGAGGAGUAACCUUCGACUACAACUCCCAUGGGGAAGCUAAUGACAAUGAACUCGUCUAUGUGGGCAAAGGGGGACACUGGAAGAACCUGCCAGCAUGGAAACUGCCUUUCCAGAGUCACAUUGCAAAACAGCAGCACAAAUGCUUGGCUCAGACCACACAGUGGUCACCGUGCUCUAAGAGCUGUGGUUUUGGCAUUUCCACUCGUAUCUCCAGUGACAAUCCCCAGUGCAAGCUGAUUAAAGAGACUCGCCUGUGUCAGAUCAGGCCCUGUGGGAAACCUGAUUUUACCAAACUAAAGAGAGGCAAGAAAUGCCUGAGGACGCACAAGGUGCGAGAGCCAGUGAGGUUCACCUAUGCCGGCUGCAAGAGCCCACGGCGUUAUCAACCCAGCUUCUGUGGGGCCUGUCUGGAUGGGCGUUGCUGUGUGCCGUUGCGCACACGCACCCUGAGCGUGCCCUUCCACUGCCCAGAUGGCAGCUCCUUUGCCAAGAACAUCAUGAUGAUCCACACUUGCCAGUGUGGUCCAGCUCACUGCCCGCCACUGAGUGAAACUGCUAUGGGCCCACAGUACCAGCUGAACGGCGACACUCACAAGUUCCUGGAGUAACAGACCCUCCUGCUGCUGCCACUUCCACCGCUGCUGCUGCCGCCACCGUUGCUGCCGCUGCUGCCUCCUCUGCUGGCAGUUUGUGAGCUGAGUUGAUCUCCCAAAUGAUUUUGGACCACACCCUAAGGCCCAUCCACUUGAAACUCUGUUCCAGACCAGCUACCGUGCACAUGGAGACGGCUAAAACUCUGAAGGCAACAUGGAUUUGGGAGGUGCUCCACGUCCUCAAAAUAUGGGGAAUGCAUGUGCUGUAUAGGGGAGUCUUGAGAUCUACAUUUUUUCGGAACAGAUACUGUGGGUUUGUUCUUUCCGUUCAGUCCAUUAGGCUCAGGCUGGACCUAGGCCUAAAGUGACCGCUGAAAGAGUCAAACCAAGAAAUCCUUCUGUUGUCAUACCAUCCUCAUAAAGCUUCAGGUUCCAUGGUUAUAGUCCCAGGUGCUGGCAGGAAGCAAGAAAUGUGGCCUCUCUGCUUUAGGGCUAGCUAUAAGACUUCCAGUUCAGAUUGCCACAUCCCAAAGAGUAAAGCACAAUACAAAGCUGGAAAGAGUAAAGCACAAUACAAAGCUGGAAAGAGUAAAGCACAAUACAAAGCAGUUCAACUCAAGAAGGGGGCUCAGGUCUGCCAGAGGUGUCCCCAGAAGAAGUGUAGAUUGGGAGCUGGUGUUUCACCCUAUGAAUGCAGAGUUAGGAAGAGAGCUGAUAAAAGGUUGAAACUCAUGGGUAUUUAUUUAUUUAUUUUUUACCAAAAAUUUGUUCUAGGAAGUGGCAAAAAUAGGAAAGGCUUCUUUGGAACCCAUUCUUCCUCAGUUGCCUACUGUCUAUGCCUAUGCUUCUACUUCUGUUUGAAACACUGCUUUUCACCCUUGAAGCCAAAAAGCUGCUUUGCUUCCAUCUCAGACAUCCCAGUGGUGAGGUCUUUCCUGGAGAUACCCAUGGGCAAUUGUCUUGCAGAGUAAUACAGUUUUGCAAGAAUAUUCUGGUAAUUCUUUUGUGUGCAUAUUGCACACACAGCCUCUUCCUCCAGAUUGUGCUUCAAAUGUUUUCCAGCUCAUCCUGUUCAGAGUUGCCGAAAAGCUUUUCAGCUUGGCAGAAGUUAAAAACAAACUUAAAAUCAGAGACAAAAAUCACAGUAAAUACACACUUUAUAAGCUGGACACAGCCAAAAUUGUUCUUGAGACCUAAAACUGGUUUGAAAGAGAAUUUGUUGCUUGUGAUGUAUGCAUAUAUAUACAUAUACAUAUACAGUAAUUGGAAACAAUGCUUUCCUCAGGCUGCUUUCAGUCCCCUUCUAAACCUAUUAUCUGGCUCCAGGGCAAUGCAAGCUGUUUCCAGCAAUAGUGGUUUGCAGUAGGUAGCCUCUGCCUAAGUAAGAUACCAUCUGUUCCCAGAAAAUAAUUCAACCCCCGUCUUGGUCAAAAAGAACCCCUUCCUACAAUUAUGAAGGCACUUUUAAAUUUUGCCCUGCUCCCUAAGUUCCUGGAGAGCAGCAAAAGGGAUGGAGAGAAGAAGACAGUGCAGUGUUGAAAAGGAUUUGAAGCUUGUCAUCAUUCUUGUGCUGUUAGCAGGGGAGGAAGGAAUCUAUAUUUAUGACUGCAGUAAAUUAAUGUUUGCUAAAAGGUAAUGUUAUUUUAUGUACAUUUUUUUUCCAUAAAGGAAAGCUUCAGUGCUGAUUUGGAGUGAUGGCUACUUAGCUUCAUAAUGAAGCCCCCCCAAGCUUUGUGUUAUUUAAGCAGCACUUCAGUUCGAUCCUUCCCACCUAGAUUCUUUGGUGGUGUGAGAAUGAAGUGUUUCUCCUUUAAUUUUGUGUUUUAUGCCUCUUUCUGCCAGAUUGGCAACUUUGGUAUGGGAAAAAUGUUGGCCUUUCAAAGAGAGAGAGAGAGUAGUCAGAGCAUCCACAUUAUGCAGUUUUAGCAGUCUGAUACCAUGUUACCUGUCAUGAUUCCAUCCUAUGGAAUCCUUGGAUUUGUAGUUUGGUGAGGUAUUGAGAAUCCUGUGUUCUAGUUGAGGGGUUCAGUGCACUAGAACUCUAUAACAGAACAUUCUAAGCACCUCACCAUACUACAAACUGCAGGAUUCCAUAGAAUAGAGCCAUGUCAGUUUAAUGGGUGUCAAACUACUCUGAGUAGUAUAGACAGAUGGCAUAUUAGUGGGCUUGAUAUAACCUCUAGAACUCAAUUUAUUGAGGUACAUAAUAGUGUAGACAGUUUAUAAGGGUGGCUGGACCUCUGCUACUCUUGAUUGAAAGGAAAAUUACCCAGGAACCUGUAUCCUCCAGAAAGGAGUUAAAUUUGACUGAUUAUUUCACAUUUGAGAUAGAGGAGCUGCUGUUGCUGCUGCUUUGCUGUUGUGAAAUGGAAUUCUAGAUUUGUUUACGCAGAUAUAUGCAGGAAAUGAUUUUGCAAAACUAACCAGCCCCGAUCUUAAUUGGGAAGCUCUGUUAUUUUAAAGUAUACUCCGGUUUUUAGGCUAGAGUUGCCAUUUGGCUUCUUUAAGGUUUUUAAGGAGAACCCCACUUUUUUGCUUUGCUUUAUUUUUAUUUUCAUUAUGUAUUGAAAAUAUUUUUACCCCACCUUGCUCCUUAAAAAAGGACCCAAGGCACCUUACAUCAUUAAAAAAAGACAAUACUAAUACUAAAAAGGAUGAAAUUUUGGAUAAGUUUUCAUAGAUAGCCCUACUUCAAGAGGUCUGGGAAAAGGACCCUGCAGAUGAUGUUGCUUUACAUGUCCUUCCUUAUUUGACCAGUGACUUGUGCUGGUAGAGCUGAUGGAAGUAGAAGUCCAACAACAGGAAAUUUACUUGCUCCCCACACCUAUUUAAAUAAUCCUUCUAAGACUAUAUAAAUGCAGUCAUUAUGAAAAUUGCCAGAAUAUGGCAUCUCUGAAGACACCAGGAUUUUAAUUGGAUCUCUGACUGAAUAUGCUCUCAUGAAGUAGAAAAUAAUAAUAUUCUUUGUGGGACAAAACUCAAUGAUGAACAUGUGAGCAUCAGAAGCUGCUUUACAUGAUCUGACUGUUGUUCCCCCAUGAUUUUACAUGUCAAAAAUGCUGUUCUAUGAAAUGUUAACCGAUUCUACGCUGAGGUUUUGAAUCUGGGAAAAAGAAACAAAAAACAACUUCCAGGAAUCAACAAGGCCUGGAAGAAAAAGAUUUGACAGCACUAGUAUAACUUUGCUGCCAUCUAGAGGCCAGCUUGUGGCAGAGUCCAGAGUUGGUUGCCUGAACAGCGAACAGGAUUUCUAGAAUUAAACGAGAUCAAAGCCUCUGGCUUUGAAGAGGGAUGGGCAACGCAUUGCCUCAAACAAUCAGCAUCCAAGUUCAGACCUCUACAAUGAUUACGUUUCUUACAGGAAGGCCCUCUCCACCAGGUCCAUGAGAGCAGUCACUGGAUGAUAGUCUGAAUCUUGUCUUCUCAAAUACUUGAUUUCCCCCCUUUUUGGACAUAAAGAGAGGUGUAUCUGAAUGGCAAGCAACAGAAAUUGAAGCCUAAUUCUAGGCACCUGUUUGGAAGCAAGCCACUUGCAACAAAAUUAAACUUCUAUCAAUAGACUCUGCCAGCCCAGAAGCCUUGGUGUAACAAGUGGCUUAGCAGACACCAGUGAGUACACUUAGAGUUGCAAUGAUGGAGUGCUUUGCUUGAUAGUGCUGUAUAAUUUCUGCAGCCUUUGCCAAUGUGACAAUACAGAAAACAAAUCUUGUUGAUUUAUGCUGAUUGUAAAUGAUGCCUGGAGAAGUGGAAACGAAAAUGGAUGGUAUUUACAUUUGCAAGUAUAAGCGUUAAGUACAGUACUGUAAUAUCCUUUCUUUGCAUCAAUCUUGAGCCCUCUGGUUCCCUGAAGAGCUACACUGCAAUCCGAUAAUGGAAGUAGGUAAAUGUUCUGCCCACUGAGGCCAUUAGAUCUAGAACAAUACUGAUCCUGCCUGGUGAGCAUGAGCAUAUAUUUAAUGUGCAACUUGCUUGUGCAUUCAGACUUUUUUUAAGGGUUUAGUGCCUUGUUAAACAUGGAAUCCCAAGACGUCUCUGUGGCUUGUGAAAAACGAACCAGGCAUAAUUGUCAGUUGUGACUAAUGACCCUCUGCUUGUAUCUGUUUUUAUUCUUGUUACGAUUAAGAGGCACGUUGCAACUAUCCACCUCUUCUCUUAUUCUCUUCUUCUUUCAUCAAAUUAGAUGGCUUUAUUUUUAAUAGAUCUUUGUAUCACAGUCAUAAGUGCGAUUGUCAUAUAUUUUAGAGAUAUGUGGGCAUCUUUGCACCCUUAUUCAAGAUUCAUUACAUAGACAGUUCUAAUCCAGGUGAUGGUUUGUGGAGGAAGUAAAGAGCCUUUAGGGUAAGGGAGUCAUGAAGGAUGAAAGGAUAAGCAAGAGAAGGACCCUGGGGGGAACUUUCUUGUAGGUAGAAGUAUCCUACUCUUCCUCCUCCUCCUCCUCAUCACAGAACUGAAAAACGAAGUCACCCUCUGGAUCACUGAGUCCAGCUCCUGUUAAGGAGGCUCAGUGAGGCCAACUCUGACCAACUUCAGCCAAAUCAUGCAGAUAUUUCACUUACUGGUCAUUGUAGGGUAGUUUUGUCCACAGUCUGAAGGCUACUACCAGAUGGUAGCAGCCAUAGGAUAUUUUGUUAGGUUUCAAGCACUCUGAAUGAGACUUCACUGACCAUAGCUUGAUCAAGGCCUUGUAUCAAGAACUCUUUGAUGACUAAUUCUUUGGGGGAGUUCGGUGACACUGGUGGUAAACAAAGUCCUUCGAUUAUGUUUCAGAUGUGGGUUAUAAACAGAGAAGAGACCUCAAUGUUCCACUAGCAGGCAAUGUGGAAUGCAACCGGUCUUGGUAGUGGCAUGUUUUCCUAAGUCUGCCCCUACCAAGCAACGGCUGCAGUUAGAUAGAGGCUCCAUCCGGCUAUUGAAGCAAGCCAGGAUUUGUGUAGUUUUCAUAAUUUGUCCUCUUUUUGGCAUGUGGAAAGAAAUCCAAACAACUUGGGGGUCCAAGAUGGUCCUCAGAUAAUGAAUUGUAUCAUGUCCUCUGGUUAGUAGCUGGAAAUGUUUAGAUUUCUGUUAUGAGCAGUGGAUUUCUGAGGUGGAGUUACACGUUUUUGUCUUAAGUCAGAAGUACUGUAUGCCCACUACAUGUCUCAGGGGAGAAGGAAAGAAGCCCUUGAAAAAGUUCACUAAGAUUUCCAUAGCUUUACAUCACCAUUUACCAGCAGCGAAGUCUGCCAGGUCUCACUUCUCUACCCUUGUGUAUGUGUGAGCAUGUGCAUUCACAUGCAUACAUAAGACAAUGGAGAAUGCAUUUCAUGAAAGCACACAAAAUAAUGUGCCACCAUAAAUCCACCACACAUUUGACAAUCUUGUACAAGUGACAUCCCUCUGGAAUGUGCAUUUGUUGUGUUGUCACGUUGCCUCCAAUUUAUAGUAAUCUUACAAAUGAGUGACCUCCAAAAUGUCCUUGACAGCCCUGCUCAGCUUCUGUAAACACAAAGCUGUGG